GUUCAGUUAUAAAUAUUUUGCAAUAACUAAUUUUCUUUUUUUAGAAAAGUAUAUAAGUUCGAUCCUAUUUUUCCUGCAAAAUUUUCACACCGUAACUUGUCUCUUCCCUCUGAAACCUUCGCCACCACCUUCUUCCUCUAAAAAUGGCGGAUUCUUCUUCCACCUCCGAAUCUUCAUCUUCUUUAGCUUCCGUUUCCGUGUUGUCCUCUGCCGCCGCUGACUCCGCUCCGCCGGAUUCCAAUGCGGGAUCUCUGACGGCGAUCCAAGCCUUAUCCUCAAUCGUCACAACCACAACCAUCCCCUCCUCCCUCCCUCUCCUCCUCGACGAUGCCGCCGUAUCCGCCGCGAUCUCCUCCCUCCUCCGCCGCCCUAACUCCGGCGCCGGCGAUAACAACCUCUGCAGGUGGCUCUACGACACAUUCCAAUCCUCGAACGCUUCGCUCCAACUCCUCGUUAUCCGCUUCGUCCCCAUAAUCGCCGGCCUCUACCUCUCCCGCGUCCCUCUCCGGCGGAAUCAGGCCGGUUUCGAGGCCGUCCUCCUAGCUCUCUACGCGCACGAGACGACCUCACGCGCCGGUGUCUCGGUAACGGUCAACAUCCCAGAUCUCUCUCACCCAAGCGUCUAUCACGAAUCCAUGGGAUUUAACAGGAACAACGCCACGAGUCUCAACAUCGCCGUCAUCUCUCCGACGCUCGAGCCUCACGGGACGGUGAGAUCCACGCGCCGCGCGAGGAUAGUCGGCGUCGCGCUCGAGCUCUUCUACAGCAAGAUCACGAGAAUGCCACGCGAAUCGAAGCUCGAUUUCUGCGAGUUCUGCGAGAUCUGGGCAGGGCAAAACGGGGAAACAGAGGACGAGGAAUCUCAAUCGAUCACCGCCGGAACAAACCCAAACCUGACUGAUUCCGGCGGAGACGAAAACGCCGGCGGGAGACCGGAGAGAGACAACGGAGUACGGAUUCCGCUGCCGUGGGAGCUUCUGCAACCGGUGCUGAGGAUCGUAGGGCACUGUCUCUUAGGGUUGAAGAUCGAAGACAGAGAAGUCUCCGACGCAGCGAACAAAGCGUGUCAGAGUCUGUAUCUCCGAUCGCUCCACGAUCUAAACCCUAAGGCGAUUCUGGCCACCGGAAGUCUUCUCCGGCUCCGGGAAAUGGCCAUCGACCCCAAGAACCAGAACGAUUUCACGGAGAUCGCUAACGACGCCGUUAUCUCCGUCUAAUCGCCGUCCACCGAUUUUUCUUUUUCAUUUUCUAAAUUGAAAGAAAAAAAAACCAUUUUUUGUCUGACAAAAAAAUAAAAUUAAUUAUGUUAACCUUGCACGUCUUUUUCUUAAAAGAAAAAAUAUAUAUUUCUGUACCACACCACGUUCACGUUGAAACCAGUACCAUGGAUUUAU